AUGGCCUCCGCGACCGGCGAUACGCCCGCGGGAAAACCCCGCGUGGUCAUAGCCGGGGCGGGCGUGAUCGGCGCGUCGACCGCGUACCAUCUCGCGGCGAAUCACGGCAUGAGGUGCACGCUCUACGACCAGAAGGGUGCGGGAUGUGCCGCCUCGGGAAAAGCCGGAGGGUUCCUCGCCUUGGACUGGUGCGACGGUUCCCCGGUGGGGGAACUCGCCAGGGUAUCGUUUGCCAUGCACGAGGAGCUCGCGAAGACCCUAUCCCUGGACUCCUAUCGGCGCCUGACGUGCGAAGCCGUGGCGGUGGACGAGCGCGCGGUCGUCGCAGCCGGUGGAGUGGCCAAGCCCGGGAACAAGAAGCUGGAAUCCAUCGAGUGGGCGGACAUCGGAGCGGUCGCGUCCAGACCCAUGGGCACCGAGGAAACCAUCGCGCAGGUCCACCCGAAGAGACUCACGGAGGCGUUCUUAGACGCCGCGAAUGCAAAGGCGGGCACCGAGGUGGUGCUCGGCAAGGUGGAAGGCGUCGUUACACACGAGGUCACCGGCGAGGUCACCGGCGUCGUCGUGGACGGAGAGACGGUGCCCGCGGACGUGGUGGUGGUGGCGAUGGGGCCGUGGACACAUCGCGCGUCGACGUGGGCGCCCGGCAUGCCCAAGGUGAUCCUGGGGCAGAAGUACCACGCGGUGCUGAUGCGGCCGGAGCGGGUCUUGACGCAGGCGGUGUUCUUUCAGGGGCUGGGCGAUCCAGAGUUUUACCCGCGGGGCGACGGCGACGUGUACGUGUGCGCGUACCCCGACAGCCCAAACGUCGUGGACGAGGAACCCGGCGAGGUGGAGGUUCGACCGGACGCGGUUCAGAGGCUGGUGGACGUCGCGAGAGCGGUUUCGAGCGAGAUGAAAAACGCCGAAGUGAACGGCUCGGGGCAGAGCUGUCACCUUCCCAUCACCCAGGACGGCAUGCCCGUCAUGGGCGCGGUGCCGGGAACGAACGGGCUGUACGUGGCGACGGGGCACUCGUGCUGGGGGAUACUAAACUCGCCGGCGUCGGGGGCGGCGAUGGCGGAGCUGAUAGCGACGGGUUCGGUGACGUGCGUGAAGAACUUUGACGCGUUUUCUCCAAAGAGGUUCGCGCGGUGA